AUGCCCAAGCAGCAACGAAAUCUGUCUGUUAUGGGCAUUGUGUACCGACGUUCAAUCUGCCGCCCUGUCAUGUAUGCCUUCUUAAAGUUGGCGUUCAGUGCGCUUUUCUUCGUCUUGGGGAUUCCGGGCGUUGUGGCAGGAAUGCAGCGGUUCAAUGCUGGCAUGUACGUCUUUAUUAACGCGGCUGUCAUCUGUCUGGGCUUCCCCACGAUGUCAAUUCUGUUCUUCCUUUACUUGAUGUACUGGUCGAGACGGCGACCCAGUGCUGUGGAUAAUGAGGCUGUGGGAACUCCAAGGAAUGCUGUGUUUUCUCGGGAUAUGAGUAAUCCUGAGGUUACUGAGGCAAUGAGGGCUUGCGGCGUGGAUUUGGUCUUCCUGCAUAGCGUCAUUGAAGCUCUGGGGUCUGACGAACCCCUGUUCGUCAUCGUGCAGGCCGAUGUGCAUGCCAAUGGGGCUGUGUGA